ACACCUCCUGUCUAUGUAGCCAUCUUUACAACGGGUAACCGUUUUGCUUCAGUCCCGCUACAGGAACCACGACGGGUCAGCCAUUUUAGCGAGGGCGGCCCCCUUCCUAUUCGGACCUGAAGAGAACGGCGGCCAUUAUAGUUGAGGGUAACUUGGCUUCAUCGCACCGAAAGGCGGCGGCAGGUAUCCUUUCCAAGGGCAAAGGGUGGUGGUGGUGGAGGGCGACUGCAGGCAGUCGGGAACGCAGCUUUCUUCAGGAAAAGAUUCAAGAAUAUGAAGCCAGUUAUUGUGGUUCAUGGUGGAGCUGGUCGCAUCUUUAAAGAGCGGGAAGAGGGAAGUCGGUCUGGAGUCAUCAGAGCAGCACUGAAAGGUUACAAUAUCCUGAAAGAGGGAGGAAAUGCAUUAGAUGCUGUUGAAGAAGCCGUAGUAGUAAUGGAAGAAGAUCCACAUUUUAAUGCAGGUUGCGGCUCUGUAUUAAAUGAGAAAGGUGAAGUAGAAAUGGAUGCCAUUAUCAUGGAUGGAAAAAAUCUGUCCUCAGGAGCAGUAUCUGCUGUGAAAUGUAUAGCAAAUCCAAUCAAGCUGGCUCGUCUUGUUAUGGAAAAGACAGACCACAUGUUGCUGACUGACCAGGGAGCCUUGGCCUUUGCCAAGGCCAUGGGAGUUUCUGAGGUUCCUGGAGAGAAACUAAUCACAGAAAGAUCACUGGAGAGAUGGAAGAAAAACCUUGAGGCUGAUUCCAACCCACAGGAGUUUCAAAAAGACCUUGGAACAGUUGGAGCUGUUGCUGUCGACCAUGCAGGAAAUGUAGCUUGUGCAACGUCAACGGGGGGACUUACAAACAAACGGGUUGGGCGUGUUGGUGAUACAGCCUGCAUAGGGUGUGGUGGCUAUGCGGAUAACAAUGUGGGUGCCGUCUCUACCACAGGCCAUGGGGAGAGCAUUAUGAAAGUAGUUUUAGCAAGACUUGUCCUCUAUCACAUGGAACAAGGGAAAUCACCGGAAGAUGCUGCGGAUGCUGCCUUGGAUUGCAUGAAAACCAGAGUUGGGGGGUUGGGUGGGAUCAUUGUGAUCAGCAAUUCAGGAGACUGGGCUGCAAGGUUCUCCACCAAGCAGAUGUCCUGGGCAACAGUAAAGGAUGACCAGGUGCAGUGUGGCAUUUAUGUGGGGGAGAAACAUACACAAUCUGUUGCAAAAGCCUCUAGCUCCACAGGAUCCUAAAAACAAAGAAAAUGUGUUAUAUUGGAGAAUGAAAAUUACAGACCAGGUAUGGGCCACGUGUGGUCCUCUAAAUGUCACCAAUCUGUAAUUCCCAUUAGCCCUCACCUCUGGUUCAUGGGAGUUACAGUCCACUAACAUCUGGAGUGCCACUUGUUCUUUACCCUCACAGUAGACCUUUAUUGAGGACUAGAUCUGUUGCUCCCUCAGUGGAGAAACAUUCACUCUUCUGCGUGGUCAAUAUUUUGAGGCCUCUUCCUGACAAGAUGUGAUUCUGCUUGAAGACUACUGUCUGAAGUAUAUCAAACUUAGUCUCAUACCUUCAUGAACAGAGUUGUACCAGUUUUGCUUUUUCAGUGUAUUCUACCAAUAUUCUGGAAGUAUUCCAUGCACAUUGGCUUCUAUACUACAGGUGGGGAAAGGGAACUAUUCCAAAAACAUUUGUGAUUCCACUCAUUGUGUUUUCCUUGAUAUUUUGGUACGCAGUGUUUCUGCAUCACUGGAAGAACGGGCUGAGAAGUCUCUGCAUGAUGUAUUCUAUUAUAACCUAGAGCAUGAAAAUUGAAAUGAGUACAUGUAUACUCCUGAUAGGGAGAACUGUAUGCAUUUAGAUGUAUGCAUAAAAAUGCAUUUUCAUGCAAUUUAAGUAUAUGAAUGUGAAGCAAAUAUAUUGACAAUUUUAGUAGUGAUAGGAAGAUUGAACUAAACUCUUACAUUCUAGUGGCUGCAAUCCUGUACCCAUAUAGUUGGGAAUGAGCCCCAUCUGGCUCAGAUGGACUUCCUUUUAAGUGGACAUAUGUAUUGUUGUGCUGUUAAAAUGUUGCUGUUAUUUGUCUCUCUCCCUGGAAUGAUAGGAACUGGAUGUUAUUCUCAAGUGAGUGUUAACCAAAGGAGAUCAACCAGUUAUUAGAAAAGUACACAAUUUAUUUGCAAAAUGUUGACAUGUAUAGAGGGGAAGAGAAUAUAAAAAACAGACGUCUCUAGGGGGUCAUGAUGAAACUUGCAAGUUUUCAUUUUGAGGUAUCAGAUUGCUGGGAUUGAUUUCCUUUUGAUUAGAUGAAGUCAAAAUCUAUAAUAAGCAUAAUCAUACAGCAAAAUGCAGCCUACACAUAAUGACUGAUAAUUUAUAAACAAAUUGCUGUUUUACUAAAAGUAAUUAUUACUUAGAAUACUGUUUAAAUGUUAUGAUAAGGCACUGGGGGAGGUUUUUAUAGCAUUCAAGUAGAAAUUGACAGAGUGAGAUGUAUUUUCCCGGUAUAACAUUUACCAAUUUUUUAGAAUUUGUAGGCAAAUUAUUUUUUAUCAGAUUUUGCUUGUAUUCUUUUUAUAUUACUGUAAUUCAGUAAUUUGGGUCAUAUUUGCAUAUUAUUUUCUCUCCAUACUACCUUUUCCAGCUAAGAAAUAAACAAUAGUGUGCUAAUGAAAAGCAUAUUACUUAUGAAAAUAAACUAAAUAAAUACAGUAUGCUUUUAAAGUAUACUAUCAAUGCAUAUUUUAUGGCUGAAGUACACUGCUAGCAGAUUGAUUUUGUUAUAGCAUAUGUAACAAUAAGAACAAAAAUAAAAGAUUAAGUUUAUAUAUGACAUGGUGAUCAGUCUUCAAAAGAACUAUAAAUAAUAUGAGGAUUAAAGCAGCUAUUUCAGGCAUAGCAACAUUAAGUGUAAAAGUAAGUUUGAAGGUCUUGUUUACUCAGUCUUAUUAAGAUGGGAAUAUUAAGAUUUGGAACAGUAGCUGUUGAACCGUUUCCUCAGUAAUGUUCUUUCUCCCUCCCUAUAUGUUUUUUUAAGAUUAAUAAUGCAAAUAAUGUUAAUUGCAAUAGCGGUAUCUGCCAUUAAUUUAUACUUGUAAAAAUGGGAGGGCAGCACUAUAUUGUAUAUUAUUUUUCUGCUGUUUUAUUUGUUACUCUGAGAAACACUGUAGUAGCAUACUAUGCGUUAGAGGACUUCUACUUAGUAGCAUUGUAAUACACAUGAUUUAUUCAUAAUUGGGUAACUAGUGCCUGCUGUGAACCAACACUGUCCAACUUGCAUUAGGUCUUCAAGGUAGCCACAUCCUUAGUAACUGUGACAAUGUUUCCUAGAAUCGAUAAUUCCUUGCAGUUGAUUAAUUUGGCAAUAGUCCAGGUGGUUGACAUGACUUUUUGUCUUGACAUUGAUCCUGGAAGCCCUUGCAUCUCUGUCCAAAUUGAACAUAAGCUUCUCCCACCCUGCCACUUUCUCCAAAAUUCAAAAUUAAAUAUAUGCUGCUAUCAUGAUACUACACUUGAUCUUAGCCAAAAGGCCAAGAAGCGAUGUGAGAAGCAGAUGUGAGGGUGAUCUGGCUGCGACAUCUGUCACCCCAUUUAUCACCAGGGUUGAUUCGGCUGAUCUGGCUGGCUAGGCGGGUGUCCUCUUCCUCCCUCACCGCUCCAUGUGCGUCCCUCACGAAGCUGUGCGCUCAGUGGAGGAAGAUAGCUGCUAUCAUGUUAUGAUGGGUACUUUUUCCCCAGGUGAACCAUGUGCAUGAUUUUGUCUGGAAGAAGGAAUAGACUGGUGCACCAUUGCCUGCAGAGGGAAAUGGGGGAGAUAGAGGGCUGGGAGAAUGAUCUGUCUUCCUUCACUGGAUGCAGUCCAGCUUGCCUAUAGAACUGAUGAGGCUUGGGGAUAGAUGGCCAGCCACUUUAUGAUGGUUGCAAUGUUGUGAUUUAAAAAUGUGUAUUUUCAUAUAUUAUUUGGCUUAUUUCACUUGAUACUAAACUCGAGGACUGGAA